AUUUUGUAUAUACAUAUAAUGUAUUUUUUAUUCACUAGAAAGUUUAUCCUUUCAAGCUUUAUCACUGCUGUAAUUGCCUCUUCUUCAUUCGUAAAUGCGGUCCCUAUUACUAAUACAUCAAUAUCUACCUAUUAUCCACUAACAACGAUUGUAAGUCAAGAAGAGUUUUGUCUUUUCCUGCCUCCUAAACCAGGACUUGAAAUUGCAUUAAAUGAAGAUAACGGUAUUCCCUUCUGUACUAACAAAAGUCUUGUAUACAAUGCUACUGAAUUCCCAGAAGGAUUUAUUACAACAGCCCAUUAUUAUUUAAAAAAUGACAGUUAUGUACAAGUUACUGGAUUUUUUAAUCGUACUCACUAUUCUUUAAAUGCUACUGAUGGAGGUGGACAAUACGAUAACCACGAUAAUGGCAAGCCUAUUGGUGCAAAAUGUAAAGGUUACAAAUAUUUUGUUAGUAUGAUUGAACCUGAUGUUGAAAGAUUUUGUAUCCGAUGCUGUCAAGAAAAGGCUGAUUGUAAUACAGGAUUAUCUCAGUAUGGCUGUCUUCGUAUAAUUAAUGGUGAUUAUAAUCGAGACAAUAAUUUUAUUUCGGGAAAUAAUAGUACCAACAAUGCUACACAUCUUAAUAACAUUAUGAAUAAUAAUAGCAGUAUCCGUUUAGAAUUAAGAGCCUUAUCUGCUUCUACAGAUAGUGUUACUAAUCCUAAUGAUGCCAUUACUGCUAUUGUUGCUGAAAUCAAAAACUUUGAAGAAUCUAACCAAAAAAAUUCACCAGAUCAAGUCCUGACUCAAUGGAAUGGAUUUUCUUCCUAUUUAAUUAACAAAUACCCUAGAGUUUCAAAUCAAAUAAACCAAUAAAAUAUUAUCACUUCAAAUCUUACCACAACUGAACAAUGGCAGUUAUUUAUCGACCUUAUCUCUAAGAAAAUUAGUCAACUUCAAGAAACCGAAAUCACUAGUAGUAGUAAAACUACAUAUCCAUUUACUUCAAAUACUCAUAUAAUUUCUAGAGAAGAUUUUGAUUGGUUAUUCAAUCAUCGUAGAAGUCAUGAUAACCAAGCUACUUGGUAAAAGAAAAAAAAAUAAUAAUCAAAUAUUGUAUAAUAGUUUAAUUUUUGUUACAUGCAUUUGAGUUUUAAUAAAAGAAAA